UGGUGACGUCACCACGCGCGCCGGAAGCGCGCAUCUUUCGCGCGCCCCUGGCGCUGAAGGAAGGAAGUUGAGGCCUGAGCGGCCUGGGCUGUGUUUGAAAGGCCGCGGACGCUAGCGGCAGCGGCAGCAGCAGCUACUUGGACAUCCUGAAGGCGGCCCGAUGGGAGACGAGAUGGAUGCCAUGAUCCCUGAGCGGGAGAUGAAGGACUUUCAGUUUAGAGCUCUGAAGAAAGUGAGAAUCUUUGACUCUCCUGAGGAGUUGCCCAAGGAGCGCUCGAGUGUGCUCACCGUAUCCAAUAAGUAUGGCAUGCUCUUUGCUGGUGGCACCAAUGGCUUGAAUGUCUUUCCUACUAAAAGCCUUCUUAUCCAAAACAAACCUGGAGAUGAUCCCAAUAAAAUUGUUGACACAAUCCAAGGCUUGAAUGUCCCUAUGAAAUUCCCAGUUCAUCACCUGGCACUGAGCUGUGAUAACCUUACACUCUCUGCGUGCAUGAUGUCCAGUGAAUAUGGCUCCAUUAUAGCCUUUUUUGAUGUUCGCACAUUUUCAAAUCAGGCUAAACCACUGAAACGCCCAUUUACCUAUCACAAGCUUUCAAACGGUGCCAGCGGGAUGGUGAAUGAUAUGAAGUGGAACCCCACUGUCCCUUCCAUGGCAGCAGUUUGUCUGGCUGAUGGCAGCAUUUCUGUCUUGCAAGUUACGGAUGUGGUGAAAGUGUGCGCCACACUUCCUCCUUCAUCGGGAGUCACGUGUGUAUGCUGGAGCCCCAAAGGAAAGCAGCUGGCCGUGGGAAAGCAGAAUGGAACUGUGGUCCAGUAUCUUCCUACAUUGCAGGAAAAAAAGGUCAUUCCAUGUCCUCCGUUUUAUGAGGCAGACCACCCUGUCAGAGUUCUGGAUGUGCUGUGGAUUGGUACAUACGUCUUCACGAUAGUCUAUGCUGGUGCGGAUGGCGCACUGGAGACCUGUCCAGAUGUGGUGAUGGCUCUGCUUCCGAAAAAAGAAGAAAAGCACCCAGAAAUAUUUGUGAACUUCAUGGAGCCCUGCUACAGCAGCUGCACAGAGAGACAACAUCAUUACUACCUCAGCUACAUCGAGGAGUGGGAUUUAGUGCUGGCAGCAUCUGCAGCGUCAACAGAAGUUAGCAUCCUUGCUCGACAAAGUGAUCAGACUAAUUGGGAAUCUUGGGUACUGGAAGACUCUAGUCGAGCUGAACUGCCUGUGACAGACAAGAGCGAUGACUCCUUGCCCGUGGGUGUUGCCAUAGAUUACACCAAUGAAGUAGAAGUUGCCAUCAAUGAAGAAAAGACUCUUCCUCCUGCUCCGGUUCUCCUGUUACUUUCAACAGAUGGUGUACUUUGUCCAUUUUAUAUGAUCAAUCAAAAUCCCGGGGUUAGGUCCCUAAUCAAGACCUUAGAGCUGAUCUCAGCAGAGGGAGAGCGCCAGCCUAAGUCCUCAGGAAGUUUUCCUAGUACACCACCUUCCCCUCAAGCUCCACAGAACCUUGACGCUCCAGCAACAGCCUCUUCGCCUCUUCCACCGGUGUCUGCUGCUCCCACCGCCACCUUCCCUUUGCCGUCUGCUGGAGGAGGCCCUUCUGUGUUCUCCUUUGGCCCUUCACCCUUCAAGUCCUCCUCCAUCCCCGGGGAGCCCCCGCCAUACCCCACUGGCUCUGACAGUUCCAGAGCAGCACCAGCCUCUGGCACCCCCACCUUCUCUUUUGCGCCUCCUUCCAAAGGCACCUUGGCCCCGACCCCUGCAGUGGCUCCUGUGCCCACAUCUGCUGCUCCCUUCACUUUCGGAUCAUCAGGUUUUAAGCCCCCCUUGGAAAGCACACCUAUGUCCAGUGCCCCAAACACAGGGAUGAAGCCUUCAUUCCCACCCUCAACUUCUUCGGUGAAAGUCAACCUGAACGAGAAGUUCACCGCUGUGGCCUCCUCUGCACCCGUUCAUAGCUCCACAAGCAUACCCUCCGUGUUGCCGUUCUCUUCCUCCCCCAAGCCACCAGCUUCUGGACCACUCAGCCAUCCCACGCCUCUCCCAGCAUCACCCAGCUCCAUGCCUUUGAAACCUUCAGUCUCUCCCUCUCCGUCAGUUGGCCGCUCCGCCCAGACUGCCCCGAGUUCAGCACCCUCCACAGGGCAGAAAUCUCCUAGGGUAAAUCCUCCAGUGCCAAAGUCAGGGUCCUCUCAGGCCAGAGCACUUCAGCCUCCUGUUACAGAGAAGCAGAGGCAUCAGUGGAAAGAGUCAGACCCUGUGAUGGCUGGAAUUGGAGAGGAGAUUGCACACUUCCAGAAAGAGCUGGAGGAGUUAAAGGCGCGAACCUCCAAAGCCUGUUUCCAGGUCGGCACCCCUGAGGAGAUGAAGAUGCUGCGCACAGAGUCAGACGACCUGCACACCUUCCUCUUUGAGAUCAGAGAGGCCACAGAGUCUCUUCAUGGAGACAUAAGUACACUGAAAACAACUCUGCUGGAGGGCUUUGCUGGUGUUGAAGAAGCCAGAGAACAGCAUGGAAGAAAUCAUGACUCUGGGUAUCUCCAUCUGCUUUAUAAAAGACCACUGGAUCCCAAGAGCGAGGCCCAGCUCCAGGAAAUUCGCCGCCUUCACCAGUAUGUGAAAUUUGCUGUCCAGGAUGUGAAUGAUGUCCUAGACUUAGAGUGGGAUCGGCAUCUGGAGCAGAAGAAAAGACAGAGGCGCCUAAUUGUGCCAGAGAGAGAGACACUUUUCAACACACUAGCCAACAACCGGGAAAUCAUCAACCAGCAGAGGAAGAGGUUGAAUCACCUGGUGGACAGUCUGCAGCAGCUCCGUCUCUAUAACCAGACGUCCCCAUGGAACCGGCCCUCAACGCUUUCAACGCAAAGUGACACUCCUAGUUUUGACAGUGACCUUGAACACCUGCUAAAGACUACCAUUGAAUCUCACACCAAGCCUUCUCCUAGAGUGCCAGGUAAACUGUCCCCUGCGAAACAGGCCCAACUGAGGAACUUCUUGGCCAAAAGGAAGACCCCACCAGUGAGGUCUACUGCUCCAGCCAGCCUGUCUCGGUCAGCCUUCCUGUCUCAGAGGUACUAUGAAGACUUAGAUGAAGGCAGCUCCGCGUCGUCCGUAGCUCACCCUCUGGAGGGAGAAGAUGCCCGGCCGACGCCGACCUGCAGAGAGGAGGAGGCUGUGGUCCCAGUCCCUCGGCAUGCCCCCGUGGUCCGCACACCUUCUGUCCAACCCAGUCUCCUGCCUCAGGCGAUGCCUUUUGCAAAGCCUCACCUGAUUCAUAGUUCUUCACCUGCUGCGAUGAGCUCUUCAAUCUCUACGUCAGCUACCAAAGUUAUUCCUCAAGGAGCCGACACCACAAUGCUGGCAACUAAAACGGUAAAGCAUGGUGCACCAGGUCCUUCCCACACUGUCGCAGCUCCCCAGGCAGCGGCUGCUGCAGCCCUGAGACGGCAGAUGGCCAGUCAGGCGCCAGCUGUGAGCACUCUGACCGAAUCCACUUUGAAGAAUGUCCCUCAAGUGGUGAAUGUACAGGAACUGAAGAGUAACCCCUCACCCCCUUCUGCGGCCAUGGGGAAGUUUACAUGUUGUCCCACAGAAGAUUUGGAUGGACCAUUAAGGACUAAUUCUUCUGGGCCGCACUCAGCAGCCAAAGCCCCCCAUGCAGUGUUAACCCCAGUGGCUGCCAGCCAAGCCAAGCAGGGGUCUCUGAUAAAUUCCUUCAAGCCGUCAGGACCCACACCAGUGUCCUGUCAGCUGUCCUCUGGGGAUAAAGCUGUAGGUCCAGGGACGGCCAAGACAGAGUCACCUGUGACCUCCACCCCAUCUACGGGGCAGCUCAACAAGCCUUUCUCAUUCGCCUCCCCAGGGACCUUUACUUUUGGGACAAUCACACCAGCCCCAUCUUCUAGUUUCACUGCCACACCAGGGGCAGCACCCCCCACUAAAGAGUCAAACCAGCUUGAGGCGUUCUCAUUUGGCGGGGGAGGCAAACCUUUUUGUGAGACCAUUCCUGGAAACCCCCCUGCCACGGGACCCCCAUCAGCACCCAGCACUUCUGUAACAACUACGUCUCUGGAAGACUCUGCUCCAACCAGCAGCAAACCUGCAACUCCUGAAACUCCUGUGUCCACUGCCUCUAGCAAAUUGGAAACUCCACCAUCCAAGUUAGGAGAGCUUCUCUUCCCAAGUUCUCUAGCUGGAGAGACGCUAGGGAGCUUCUCAGGACUGCGUGUUGGCCAGGCUGAGGAGUCUACAAAGCCCGUUAGUAAGGCCUCCUCCACAAACCUGGCCGGAGCCCAGCCAGCCAAGCCCUCAGGGUUUAGCUUUCCUGCUGCUUCCGUGUUAGGGAAGCCAGUGGAGCCCAGUGUGACGUCCUCUGCCCCAGCGGCACCAGUCUCAGCUCUGAGUGCGAGCACUAGCAGUUCCUCGGCAACUGUCUUUGGCAGUGUGCCCCUUACCAGUGCUGCACCUUCCGGGCUCAUGAGUUUUAGUGGGGCCUCUUUGGCUAGUAGCAAAGCUAGUUUCUCAUUUGGAAACCAACAGACUAGUAGUGCAGCAGCAGCAGCAGCUACCCCAGCAUCCACCUCAGUUGCCCCUUCCCUUCCAGCAUCUUUCCCUACUUUGUCAUUUGGUGGCCUCCUGAGUUCACCAUCAGCUUCUUCCCUGCCUGUGUCUUCUGGUAAGAUCACAGAGGAGGCCACACCACCAGCUGUGCCUGACAAGUCAGACCACAGUGAAGUGUCAGCAUCAACACCCUCACUUCCACUACAGCCACCGUCAGCCCAGCUUCCCCAGGCAUCUCUGCAAACUUCUGACCCUGUCAAAAAAGAACCUGUUCCUGCGCAGACCACAGACAGCAGACCAUCAUCUUCUGCCAGCCUUGUGGCAUCCACAGAAUCCACUCCAGUCGCCCCAGGGGGCCCUGAUAGCAAGACAGAAGCAGUGUCCCCUGCUUCCACCUUUGCAGGGCCUGGGCCGGCCGUGGUUGCAGCUGUUCUCCUAGGAGCAGGCUCGGCAGCCAGUGAAGCUUCCGGUACCCCUAGUACCUCCAGCACUGUCUCCAGCAGUACCCCAACUCCUGCCACAGAGACAGCUGUAUUUGGGACUGCCACUUCUGGCUCCUCAGUCUUUACACAGCCGCCUGCUGCCAGUUCGAGCUCAGCAUUCAACCAGCUCUCCAGUAACACGGCCACUGCACCCUCCGCCACCCCCGUGUUUGGGCAAGUGGCAGCCAGCAUAGCCAGCACAGCCGCUGCCACGCCACAGGCCAGCAGUUCAGGAUUUGGCAGCCCUGCGUUUGGUGCUUCGGCUCCUGGAGUGUUCGGACAGACAGCAUUUGGGCAGUCCCCAGCCUUUGGGCAAGCAACAAGCAGCCCUGCGAGUGGCUUCUCCUUCAGCCAACCUGGGUUCAGCUCUGUCCCUGCUUUUGGCCAGUCUGUCUCCUCCACCCCCACAUCCACCAGUGCCAAUGUCUUCGGAGCCACCUCAAGUACCAGCAGCCCUGGUUCCUUCUCAUUUGGACAGGCUUCUACCAAUACAGGAGGGACGCUAUUUGGCCAAAACAACCCUCCUGCUUUUGGUCAGAGCCCGGGCUUUGGGCAGGGAGGCUCUGUGUUUGGUAGCACCUCGGCCACUACCUCUACAGCAGCACCUUCAGGGUUUAGCUUUUGUCAAGCCUCCGGUUUUGGGUCUAGUAAUACUGGUUCUGUGUUUGGUCAGGCAGCCAGUAGCGGUGGGUCAGUCUUUGGCCAGCAGUCAUCCACUUCCAGUGGCAGCGUGUUUGGGUCUGGAAAUGCUACAAGAGGGGGCGGUUUCUUCAGUGGCCUUGGAGGAAAACCCAGCCAGGAUGCUGCCAACAAAAACCCAUUCAGCUCGGCCAGUGGGGGCUUUGGGUCUACGCCUACACCCAAUACCUCUAACCUGUUCGGGAACAGCGGAGCUAAGACCUUCGGAGGGUUCGGCUCCUCCUUCGGGGAGCAGAAGCCUGCUGGCACAUUCAGCUCUGGUGGUGGGAGCGUGGCAUCCCAAGGUUUUGGAUUUUCCACUCCAAAUAAAACAGGUGGCUUCGGUGCUGCUCCAGUGUUUGGCAGCCCUCCUACUUUUGGGGGAUCCCCUGGGUUUGGAGGGGUGCCAGCAUUCGGUUCAGCCCCAGCCUUUACAAGCCCUCUGGGCUCGACGGGAGGCAAAGUGUUCGGAGAGGGUACUGCGGCCGCCAGCGCAGGAGGAUUCGGGUUCGGGAGUAGCAGCAACACUGCAUCCUUCGGUACCCUCGCCAGUCAGAACGCACCCACUUUCGGAUCCUUGUCCCAGCAGACCUCUGGCUUCGGGACCCCGAGCAGUGGAUUCUCUGGGUUUGGAUCAGGCACAGGAGCAUUCACCUUCGGAUCAUCUAACUCGUCUGUCCAGGGCUUCGGUGGCUGGAGAAGCUGAGCCGACGUCAGCCUUCCCUGAGGCUGCUGUGAGCUCCUGUAGGCAGCCCUCCACUCUCCAGGCGCCCACAGGAACAGACUCUCAGAAGAACUCUCAUGAAGAUGCUCCGCCAGGAAGAAGCAUUGGAGACCAAAGCUCAGCAGUGCUUGACUGCCUCUUCCCCACCUUCAGAUUUUGCAUCAAGUUUUCCUCUGCUAUUAAAGUGUUUGGGCUGGUUCUGCACAGAA